AUGUCAAUGGUGGCGGCCAAGUCGGCACUCAGUCCUCAAUCAUGGAGCUCAACCCACGCAGACUUCAAGAGCCUUCGGUUCGUUGUUUGGACAGGAGGGGAUCCCGGAUUCACACUAACAACAGCCAGGCCGUCAGAAAGUGGCACCUACUCGGUCGACUUUGACGAAGAUGCAGAGCUCAGAGUUGAUACUGUCUCGGCUCUAAAGGUCUGGAAGGCUGGUGUUCGUCCAGGUGACAUUCUAGAGACCGUCUCGGGUAAGCGUGUGCAUACUAUGGACACCGAAGCGGCCUUGGUGUUGGUGCGGAUGUCCAAGCGUCCGUCCAUCAUUCGAUUCCGGUCACCAACGAGUGGAACACGCAAGCGUUUUGAUAUUGUGCUUCGUGGCCAGAAGUUGGGAGUGUUUUUCACAGGAGAUGGACGUCACGAGAUUCCCGUUGUAACUCGAAUCGGCAGCCGAUCGAGCUCACAGGACUCUGAUCGUGAUGCAGCCUCUCCUGUUUUUGAAGCUCGCCUUGGUGACGUCCUUGUGGCAGUCAAUGGUAAAGACGCGAUCACAGCUGGACUUCACCUGACGUCCGAGUAUCUGGAAACGUGCCCACGACCACUCAAGUUUACUUUCGAACGGAUGACAAACAAUGGGAGGUUUGAUCACCAAGCUACGAGCGAAGGUUCCGUGGAGCAUCGGCAAGCGUAUCCGACUCUGCACCAGACGAUUUCGUCAGCUGCAGUAUCUGCUUUGGCUGCACGAGAAACGGCGAGCCUUCGCUGUAAAGCCUUUUUGAAAACAUUGAUGCCAAAGAAUGUGCCUUCGCCUCUAUCACCAGUCAAUCGAGGCACCGGGCAUCGUUCUCGUCACUUUGGAAUAGGACGUGACGACGUCGUUAUUGAAUGGAACAGAGGACCUCUGGGGUUGACGCUGCUGGAAGACGCCAUUUCAGGAGGGCCCAUUGUCAACCGGUUGACUGGAAAGGGAUUGUCAGCUAAUAUGGAACGCCUACAGCACGGGUAUCAACUGUACUCGAUCAAUGGUGUUCAAGUCGAAGCUUGUUCACUGAAAGACCUGUACCGGGAUCUGUUGGCACUACCAAAGCCCGUGACACUUACCUUCUGUCCUCCGCAAUCCAAUGGCAAUAGCGACGAAAGCAGCGAGUUUCAAUGUAGUAGUGCCAGCUCUCUGUCAUCAUCAACUGCUCCAGAUAUCUCGGGUCCAAAUGAGAUCGAGCUUCGUCAGGAUGCUCACCAAGCACCGGCCACGGUAUCAGCAGCACGGCAUCGUUGUCCCGAACAAUCAAUACAUGACGAGUACGAGUACGAGGUGGUAUGGACGUCGGCCCGACUUGGACUGAAACUAGACAUGCCACCCGAUCGUGACCAAAAGUCGGCAAAGAAGAACAAAGUCGGUGACGUGUCUACCCGACGCCGAUACCCGAUCGUCCACAACGUUCUCAAGGAGUCCACACUUGGACUGCCAAGUGACGCUGUUGGACACCAGUUCGUGUCGAUCAAUAACUGGCGCACCUUCGGGUUGAAAGCAGAAGAACUGCGAACGCUCCUCGGGGCUGCAUCGAAACCCGCUGUGCUUCGCUUCCGUAGACCAGAAAACGCCAGGCUUGGUUUCCAGCCAACAGCUCUACCGACUUCUUUGUACACGACCGCUACUGACGAUGGAUCCAUGGACUGCACAGAAGCGACACUUGGGUCGGCGUACAGCAUUCUCUGGAGCGAAGGGAAGCUUGGCAUCGUUUUCGGCUGCUACGAAGAGGCGGCGAGCCACAACCCGCUCGUGGUCUACGUGAAAAGUAUCGGGCCAGGACAAGCGCAGAAGUCCAAACUCGUCCGCGUCGGCGACAUUCUCCACAGCAUCGACGGUCGAGACCUCCCACCGACGCACAACUUCAAAAAGGCGAUGCGUGCGCUGAUCACCUCCAGCUCCUCACGGCCUGUCACGCUCGGAUUUCGCCGGAUGCCAUGGAGUGCCAGAUCGACUGGAAGGAGCGUCUUUGAAGAGCCGUGA